AAUCAGCUCAGGCUCAGGCAUUGGCGUUUGGGCCCAAGUGAGGAACUCAUGGAUGUGGAUGAGGCUGUUAAGGGCCUCAAGGCCGCCACGGCCUACCUUGAUAGGACACGGGGCCUGCUUUCGAAUGACAAUUUCAAAGAUGUGGCAACUCAGCAAGCCAAACAGUGGCGACAGCGGAUCGCCCGCAUGAACUUGUCCAAAGUUGAAGAUGCGGGGCGUCUUCUCGAAGAGGUCUCUGCUGGCAGUUGGCCAGAGGAUAUGAAACAAGAGCUCUUGCAAGCAGUCGCAAAGCGGGGCGGUGAAGGGUCCAAGGAGCCUCUGCCCAUGAGGCAGCGCCAGAAUAUGAAAAUUUUUGGUGCCUACAUGACCACUUCGGACAUGGACCAGCUCCGCCAGGGGACAGGUGCGCUCAGCAAGCUGGAUGUUCUAGCAUCUCGCAUGUAUAAGAUCGGGCUGCAUCUGCCAUCCGAGCCAACCAGUGGCCAUGUGCUAUCGCUGCUCGCCUAUCCAUGGGUGGGGCAAGCCUGUGGUGUGGAGAUCCAGAACGCGCAGCACGGAAACGACAUGCUGCGAGACCUCAAAAGGGGCUUGAAGACCAAGGUCAGGAAGGUGGAGCGCGAUGAGGACGCUGUGCACGUCCUUGACUUCCCGGCGUUGCCGCAAGGUCUCCAAGACACCCUCGGGUCGCCCGCCUAUGAGACUUGGUGGCAGAACGCGUACGGUGAGCGGCUUCAGCGGGCAGCAUUUCCCCCACACAGUCGCGCUGCGAAAGAGCUCCCGACUUCUGAGCCCAGCCCAAGCCCCUUCCUCUGCCCAUGCUUCUUCCAGCUCGAGCGGCAGCAGCUUGACAAUGUUGGACUGCAUGCAAGCAUUGUGCCACAGCAGCCAAGAUGGUUUCAGAUGCUGGCUUGCUUGGCGCAGCUAGGGCAAGGAAUGGCUUCUGCAAAUUCACCGCAGCAAGCAGUUCCAUUGCAAGGGCUGCAGAUCUUCGAUGAUCCUCGGAAGAAGGCAAUUGCUGCGCCGCCGACAAAUACACCCGCUGCUGCCAGCAGCCCCAGCGGAAAAGACGGAACCCCCACCAAAGAGGAGAGCCAGAGCCAGGCAAAUAGUCCACCUUCUGAGAAGAAGGAUUCCCAGUCGCCCAGCAAAUUGUUGGCGCUGCCGGAUGUGCCUGUCGUCAGUCCUGAGGAGCAGGCCAAGGUCAUGAUGGAGGCCUUGCAGGAAAGAGAGAAGGCCAAGCCAAAGCCCAAAGCAAAGGGCAAGGCUGCAGCCAAGUCCACGGCCAAGGCCAAAGCAACGGCCAAGGCCAAGGCAAAGGCCACGGCAAGUGCUGAUGAGGGCAAGGUGCAGGCCAGUGAACAGGCCGCAGAAGACACCGAAGAUCAGCAGCCGCCUGCAGCGGCCAAGGGCAAGGCAAAGGCCAAGCCAAAGGCAAAGCCGAAGGCCAAGGCGACACCCAAGUCUCUGCGCCUCAUCCACUUGGGCAAAGGCCCCCAACGCCGGAAGAACCAGUGGGGACUACAUGGUAUGGCCCCGGCAGGAUCAAUCGCAAUGGUGGCCACUUGA